UGUGCAAGCCACGCAGCUCUUGAUUUGUAUUAUCGAAUAUGGAUGGAUCACUGGCACAGGCAGAGCGGGCAGGAUGAGCAGCGUGCCCGUAGCCGACCUCCCAUUGUUUCAGGCCCGAGAUUGCGGCCAAGUUCAAUGACUCCCAUCUCUCUCUCUCUCUCUCUGCCCGCCCUCCGCUUUCAAACUUUCCGGGAAAAUCUAAACGGACGGUUCUGUUUAAGCAACCGCACCAUAAAUAGAAAAAGGAGGAAGAGUAAAAGAAAAAGAAAUUAAAGAGAGAGACAAAUCCGUGAGGGAGGGGUGAUUCCUGACAUGCCAAAGGGUUCAAUGGGGUUUGAAUGUUUGAUCAGGAGGAAGAGGGUGGACUCGGGCCCCCCCAGUCAGCAAUUGGCAAAGAAGCUCUCCGCUUUCGACCUUGUUGCUAUUGGAGUUGGAUCAACCAUUGGAGCUGGAGUCUAUAUACUGAUUGGGACAGUUGCUAGAGAGCAGACAGGACCUGGUAUCUUUAUUUCAUUUCUAAUAGGUGGAAUAGCAGCUGCACUGUCUGCAUUUUGUUAUGCAGAGUUGGCAUGCCGUUGUCCUUCUGCUGGGAGUGCCUAUCAUUAUUCUUACAUUUGCAUGGGUGAAGGUGUUGCUUGGUUGAUUGGUUGGGCUCUUAUCCUUGAAUAUACACUUGGUAGUGCAGCUGUUGCCCGAGGCAUAUCCCCAAAUUUGGCUUUGUUUUUUGGAGGUGAGGAUAAGCUGCCUGCAUUUUUAGCCCGUCAGAGCAUUUCUGGCAUUGUGGUUGAUCCAUGUGCAGCAAUGCUAGUUUGCAUUGUAGCUGUGCUUCUGUGCCUAGGUAUCAAGGAGAGUUCAUUGGCACAAAUCAUUGUCACAACUGUGAAUGUAGCAGCAAUGCUUUUCAUUGUUAUAGCUGGUGUAUAUAUUGGUUUCACAACUGGAUGGGUUGGAUAUGAACUUAUCAGCGGGUAUUUUCCUUUUGGAGUGAAUGGUAUAUUUGCUGGGUCUGCAACCCUCUUCUAUUCAUAUGUUGGUUUUGAUGCAGUUGCCAGCACAGCUGAGGAGGUGAAGAAUCCUCAGCGAGAUCUGCCAGUUGGUAUAGCUCUUUCUUUGACUUUAUGUUGCAUCUUGUAUAUGCUUGCAUCUGCUAUUGUUGUUGGCCUAGUACCAUACUAUGAGCUGGAUAUCAACACCCCAAUCUCCUCAGCUUUUGCUGGCUACGGAAUGGAAUGGGCAGUAUAUGUAAUUACUAUUGGAGCAAUCACUGCUCUUUGCUCAGGUUUGAUCGGUGGGAUUCUUCCUCAGCCACGAGUUCUGAUGGCAAUGGCUAGGGAUGGUUUGUUACCAUCAUUCUUUUCGGAUAUUAAUAAACACACAAAAGUUCCUGUAAAGAGCACUGUGGUAACUGGCAUCUCUGCUGCAACCCUCUCAUUCCUUAUGGAUAUUGAACAAUUAGCAGGGAUGGUAAGCGUGGGAACAUUGCUAGCAUUUACAACUGUUGCUAUUUCGGUUCUGAUACUAAGGUACAUUCCACCCCGUGAGAAGCUGUCUCUCUCACCACUCCAGGAUCAGGUUCAUUCAGUGUCAGUAUUAAAAAGUAGCAGCAUCCAGGAGAUUGACAUGGAAAUACCAGGAGAUUCUCUUGGCUCCAGUGGUAGUAGCGGUCAGCAUUUACUUGCCAAGGUGGAGAGCUUCACAGAAGUACCUCAGGAUGAACAAAAUAGGCUGAGAAAGCAGACCAUUGCUGCUUGGAGUAUAGCCUUUCUUUGUGCCGGGGCUCUCAUCCUUGCCUCGGCUGCUUCAGCCAAAGUCCUUCCUGGCUUCGCUCGCUUCAUUUCAUUUGGAGCAGGUGGUGUUCUCCUGUUAUGCAGUUUGAUUGCGCUUGCCUCUAUGGAUCAAGAUGAUACAUGGACCACCUCUGGACAUCUAGGAGGUUUCACUUGUCCCUGUGUGCCGCUUUUGCCUGCCACCUGCAUUUUCAUAAAUGCAUACUUGCUACUCAAUCUUGGAGUUGGCACAUGGAUCCGCGUUUCAAUAUGGCUGGUAGCCGGAGUGUUAAUUUACAUACUAUAUGGCCGGAGUCAUAGUUUAUUGUCAGCUUCAGACUACGUGCUGAUAGCCCAGACUGAUGAGAUACACUGCCCUUGACUGCACUGUGAACUAUACAGAGUCAUCCUUUUCCGUGCGAUAUGGUCUGAGACUGAUGUGUGUCUCUGGAUUCAUAUUCCUGGAAAUUUGUUGUAUGGAAAACUGUGAAUAUGUAGCAGCUUUAAUUUACAUGUAAUUUAUAGGUCCCCUCUAAGCAUUUGAUAGAAACAGAACCUGUUGCAGCUGGCAGAUUGAACAGCCCAAUAACACCGUAAAUAGAUAGACUGUAACUGUUCCUCUGUUCCUGGAAAAUUGUUUCACCUUAGUUAUAAUGGAUUGCUUUUACUGUAAAGAUAUGGUGUACUUUAUAUAUUGGAAGUGUAAUUUAUGAUAGAUGUUAUCCUUAGACGACAGUAGAAUUUGUCACGUCUCACAUUAGUUACAAAUGGAGUGUCACGUAAGUAUGUUAUGUAAGGUCUUGAGCCAGUCACAUUUUUAGUAACAAUUGUUUUUUUAACGGAGUUUGUGACCAAGAA